AUGAGAACUGUGACACUGUUUGGGUUUGGAAUUUCCAUUACCCUGCAAACAUUUUUGUCGUUUUCCCAUUGUUAUUUCUAUAGUAAAAAAAUAUCACAAUAUAUGUUUCUAUCUAUUUAAACCUUGUUCACGCACUGAAUUUAUGGGUUUUAGUAAUGGAAGCGCAAUUCCCGAUACUGUGUGCUUUUACGCCUUUGAAACCUGGUUCAGAAAAAUUCCAAAGAAUUCCUAUCACAACCAACGUCUUCAAACUUGGCCGCGGUCAGCACAACACAGUUGUUAUACCCUACAAAUGCCUCUCAAAAGACCACUGCUUAUUCAAGAAAGUAGAAGGAGGCUGGCUGUUAGAAAACUGUAGCUACUCCAGUAUCAAAGUUAAUGGUAAUAAGCUCUGUAAAGGCGAAACGCACAAACUUUGCGAUCAGGACAUUAUUAAGUUGGAAUCGUCAAAUGAAUUAGUUUACAAAUUCAUGUCAAAUACCAAAAGCUCAAAGUGUAAGAAACGCAAACUUGAUAAUGAAAUUGUACAAAAUGGUAAUAAUGUAAAGAAAUCUGAGUCAACAAGAAGUAUGCGAAGUGAUAUAAAUAAGAAUCUAAAUGAUAUGCAGAUGAAAUUGAAAGAGCAGAUAUUAUUGGAGCAGAGUAAAAGAGAGAAAGAGAUAUACGAUGACUAUGCUGUUCGUAUUGAGAAAGUGAAGGGCUCUAAGAAGAAUGUGAAGCAUCAGAAGGCUUUGCUUAAGAUGCGGAGAAAUGCACAGCUGGAACUUAAUAAAGUGAAAAUGGAGGAAAGGAUAGCUUCUGUGAUGGCACAACAAACAGAAUCAAAUGAAAACAAACAUUCCAAAGACAGGCCACACAACUACAAUGGACAAGGGGACCAAGUAACCAACAACCAAUCAGAAGCCAAGCGAGAGCAGGACAGGGCGCGUAUGAAAGAGAAGAGGGAGCUCAAGAAACUGCGCAGGGAAACUAGGCGGCUGAAGCUUGAGAAAGAGAAAAAGCUAAAGGAAUUAGAAAAACAAAAGCUACGCAGAGAGAAGGAAUUACAAAAUGAGCUGGACAAGUUGAACAAAAAGCUGGCGAAAGAGAGAGAGCUACACGAGAAAGAGAGGAGAAGAGCAGAGCAGCUGCUGAAUCAGAAGAAGGAAGAGCUUAAAAAGGUCUCCCCCAGCACCAGUUCCGAGUCGAAGCUAGACAUGGAGUCGGAGCUGCAGUGCAGCAUCUGCUCGGAGCUGUUCGUGCGCGCCACCACGCUGGGCUGUUCCCAUAGUUUCUGCCGCUACUGUAUCCGCAAGUGGACCGCCAACAAGAAGGAGUGCCCCAUCUGCCGAGCAGCCAUAACUUCGGAGUGCAGGAGUAUAGUGCUGGACUCGCUGGUCGACAAGAUGGCGGAGUCCGCGGACGACAAGAAGAGACGCCAGGAGCUGGUCAAAGCCAGGGAUGAACUGGAGGCCAAGGAGCCCACAACUACCGCCAAUCGUGGAGACCAAAACUACCUCUUCGACGCGAACUUUAUCCGUGAUUUCUUACGAGACUCUGAAUCUUCACUUGAGCCCGAUUUCGACAUGCUCGUUCCUAUGGACACAGAUUCAGAGCGUUCCGGCUUUGAUGAUUCUGAUGUGUUCUCUGGGAGAGACGAGAAUGGAGAAUCGGAGUAUGAUGAGCCCGAGAAUUAUGACGAGAAUUCGGAACACGAGAAUGAAGAGAACUAUGAAGUAUACUCAGAAGAGAGUGAUCGUGAUAAUGAGGAGAUUUACGAUGAAGCGCCGGAAAACGAGGAAGAAGAGCACGAGGGCAACUCGGAGAACGACGGCCAACAUGUCGAGAAUUAUGAUGAAGGCGAGAAUUCUCCGACAGACAACGAAGAUCACGACGAGAAUGAUCCGGAAUACAAUGAAGAUCAAGAGUCAGCGUCGGAGAAUUACGAUGAAGGAGAAACAGAGAUUUAUGAUGAAGGCGAGAAUUCAGGGGCGGAGAAUUAUGAUGAGGGAGAUAAUUCAUCACCGGAGAAUUAUGAUGAAGGCGAGAAUUCAGGGGCGGAGAAUUAUGAUGAGGGAGAUAAUUCAUCACCAGAUAAUUACGAUGAAGGUGAGAAUUCAGCGCCAGAGGAUUACGAUGAAGGCGAGAACUCCGCACCAGAGAAUUAUGAUGGUGACAAUACAGAACCAGAGAAUUGCGUUGAAGGUGAGAACUCGGGCCCUGAAAAUUCCGAUGAAGGUGAGAACUCGGGUCCUGAAAAUUACGAUGAAGGUGAUAAUUCAGCUCCGGAGAAUUAUGAUGAAGGCGAUUAUUCAGCGCCCGAGUACGACGGAGACUCGUAUACGGAUGAUGGCGGCGGCGAUGAUGAUGAUUAUUAUUAAUAAAGAUAUCACACACAAGAGGCAAUGUCACGGACUCCGGAUACCGAAUUUCUUUAGAACCAUUUUUGUGAUGAUGUGAAUACUCGUAUGAGUUGUGUGAUGUUUCUAUGAAACUCGCUUUUAGCCCGUUUCAUAAAUCCACACUCGUAGUUUAAUGCCUUUCUUUAUGUAUCAGUCACAUUAAACCUAUUAUUAAUAUGUUGUUUUAAUAUAGUGUUUUGUUUAGAAGGGUCACAAACUAUUUUAAAAAUUAAACGUAGGGUCAUAACUGUGGUUGAUAUUCACAAAAUUGAGUCAAAAUAUUUUCAACAAUGUUAAUAUCCAGUGAGGAAAAUGAGGACUAAGUUUGUAUGAAAAUUUUGCAAAGGUCCUCCAAUGUUAUUUUUAACAAGCAUUUAAUUAACUUGCAAUGUAACUAUGUAUGUUUGUACGGGUCAAAUAUUGCAAGAUAAAUUUGACCCACUUCCCGGUUUCCGAUGAAGCUGAAAAUUUGCAUACAUAUGUAAGUCGGGUGACAAUGCAAUAUUAUGGUACCAUCGAGCUGAUCUGACGAUGAAGACAGGAGGUGGCCAUAAGAACUCUGAUAAAAAAUCAACCUAAUUGUACGAGGGCGACGAGGGACAGUAUAAUAAAUAAAUAAAUAAAAAUAUUUAUUCUAUAGAAUCGCCAAAUAACCAGGGCAUGCACGGCAUGGUCUAUAUCGUGGUGAACCAGUUUCAAUUCGAGUAGGUAUCAGGGGGCCUACCGAGAAAAUCGAAAUUCGCAAAUCGCGAGGAUCUUUCUCUUUUACUCUCACUAAGACGUAAUUAGAGUGACAGAGAAAAAUUACGCAAUUGACGACUUCGAUUUUUGCGGUUAUAGCCCAGAAUUCAGUUACAAACUGGCUUGUCUUAUGAUAAUAAACUAAGUAACAAAGUGAAGAAGUUUGGCACCUAAAACUAAACGUUAACAAUAGGUACCUUAUAAAUAAAAACUAAUCUUAACUAAAGUAUAUGUUUGUUGCGUCAAGCGACGAUUGUGAUAAUUUUUGUGCGAGUUUGAAUUAUUAAAUGAUUUUGAUAUGUUA